AUGACGGUUAAGGUAUCCUCCCUGACUUCAGCCGUCAACCGUCAUAUGUCAGACGACCGCCCUCAGCGCAUCCCCCGCCCCGAAGAAUACCAGAGACGUCUCGAGCGCGAGUUCGCAAGACGCUAUGUCGUCAUGGUUCAGGCGAAUCGUCGACGGACACUUGCCGUUCAAAACGGGACUAGCGCUAGUACAGCGCCCUUGAUACCUCGCAUGGAGAUCUGCGAUGCGCCAGAUUCCCCCACAAUAACAGCUCUGUUUGAGCUCCCCGGGAUUCGGAAGGAGGAAAUCGGAGUGCACAUCACUUUGGCCGGGAAGUUGACUAUCAGUGGCGAGCGCCGUCGGCCCCCACUUCUCACCAACGAAAACCCGGAAUUACCUCGUUAUACCGUACGCGAGUUGAAGUAUGGACGCUAUGAACGCACACUGCAGGUGCCUGAGGGGCUCGAGGUCAAAGAUAUCACUGCGAACCUGACAGACGGUAUGCUCAGCGUCUCGUGGCCACGUCAAUCUCCUUCGCGUACGCAGGCGUCUCAGUCAAGCGGCGCAUCCACUUCUGCGCAACCGUCGAAUCAAUCGCGGUAUAUCAAUGCGGCAUGA